GCCUGGGCAAGCCUGCGCCUGCGCAGUACUCCGAGACAGCGGACCCGUGUCAGUGACAGCUUCCGGUUUGGUUUCUCCGCCUUCUGCUUGGCUAGAGCUAUUGGGGCUCGGCGGCGGCCGCAGUGGGGUGGAGGGGGCAGGGCGUGGUGAGGUAAGGUGAGUGCCGUAGUGGGGUUCCCCGGAGCCAUGGCCUGCUCCAUUGUCCAGUUCUGCUACUUCCAGGACCUCCAGGCCGCCCGGGACUUCCUCUUUCCUCACCUGCGGGAGGAGAUCCCCAGCGGCGCCUUGCGGAGGGACCCCAGUAAAUCAACAGACUGGGAAGAUGAUGGUUGGGGAGCAUGGGAAGAAACCGAACCCCAAGAACCUGAAGAAGAAGGAAAUACUUGCAAAACACAAAAAACUUCCUGGCUCCAAGAUUGUGUUUUAUCCUUAUCUCCAACCAAUGAUCUUAUGGUAAUAGCUCGAGAGCAAAAAGCUGUAUUUCUAGUGCCAAAGUGGAAAUAUAGUGAUAAAGGAAAGGAAGAAAUGCAAUUUGCUGUUGGCUGGAGUGGUUCUUUAAAUGUUGAAGAAGGGGAAUGUGUAACCAGUGCUCUAUGUAUCCCACUAGCAAGCCAAAAGAGGAGUUCCACUGGGCGUCCUGACUGGACCUGCAUUGUGGUGGGUUUUACUUCAGGUUAUGUACGCUUCUACACUGAGAAUGGUGUGCUCUUGCUUGCACAGCUUUUGAAUGAGGACCCAGUACUUCAACUUAAAUGCAGAACCUAUGAAAUACCACGACAUCCCGGGGUGACUGAGCAGAAUGAAGAGUUGAGUAUCUUAUAUCCAGCUGCCAUUGUGACUAUUGAUGGAUUUAGCCUUUUUCAAUCUCUUCGUGCUUGUCGAAAUCAGGUAGCAAAAGCUGCAGCAUCAGGCAAUGAGAACAUACAACCACCACCAUUAGCUUAUAAGAAAUGGGGUCUACAGGAUAUUGACACUAUUAUUGAUCAUGCUAGUGUUGGUAUUAUGACUCUGUCCCCCUUUGAUCAAAUGAAGACUGCCUCCAAUAUAGGUGGAUUUAAUGCAGCAAUUAAAAAUAGUCCACCUGCCAUGUCUCAGUAUAUCACUGUAGGGUCCAAUCCAUUUACUGGCUUCUUCUAUGCUUUAGAGGGAAGCACACAACCAUUAUUAUCCCAUGUUGCACUAGCAGUUGCAAGUAAACUCACUUCUGCUUUAUUUAAUGCUGCCAGUGGUUGGCUUGGUUGGAAGAGUAAGCACGAAGAAGAAGCUGUCCAAAAGCAAAAGCCGAAGGUUGAGCCAGCUACCCCAUUAGCUGUAAGAUUUGGACUUCCAGAUUCUAGACGCCAUGGUGAAAGCAUAUGUCUGUCUCCGUGUAACACACUGGCAGCAGUAACAGAUGAUUUCGGCAGAGUUAUUUUAUUGGAUGUAGCUAGAGGAAUUGCAAUACGCAUGUGGAAAGGGUACCGCGAUGCACAAAUUGGAUGGAUUCAAAUUGUAGAGGAUCUUCAUGAAAGAAUACCAGAAAAGGCGGAUUUUUCCCCCUUUGGAAAUUCUCAGGGUCCGAGUCGAGUAGCUCAAUUCCUUGUGAUCUAUGCACCAAGAAGGGGAAUUUUAGAAGUGUGGAGCACACAGCAGGGACCUAGAGUAGGAGCUUUCAAUGUGGGGAAGCACUGCAGGCUGCUGUAUCCUGGCUAUAAAAUAAUGGGCUUAAAUAAUGUUACCAGUCAGAGUUGGCAGCCGCAGACUUAUCAGAUCUGUCUUGUUGAUCCAGUGUCCGGAAGUGUGAAAACAGUGAACAUUCCCUUCCAUUUAGCACUGAGUGAUAAGAAGAGUGAACGAGCCAAAGAUAUGCACCUAGUGAAGAAACUAGCAGCCUUACUGAAAACAAAAUCUCCCAAUCUUGAUUUGGUUGAAACAGAAAUAAAGGAACUAAUUCUUGAUAUUAAAUACCCUGCAACCAAAAAACAAGCUUUGGAAAGCAUUUUGGCAAGUGAACGUUUACCAUUUUCUUGCCUCAGAAACAUCACUCAGACUUUAAUGGACACUUUGAAAAAUCAAGAACUUGAGUCGGUUGAUGAAGGAUUGCUACAGUUUUGUGCCAGUAGACUAAAAUUGCUGCAACUCUAUGAGUCGGUCAGUCAACUAAAUUCCCUUGAUUUUCAUUUAGACACACCAUUCUCUGAUAAUGACUUGGCUGUGUUACUAAGGCUUGAUGAAAAAGAACUGCUUAAGCUCCAGGCAUUACUAGAGAAGUAUAAGCAAGAGAACACCAGGACAAAUGUUCGAUUUUCUGAUGAUAAAGAUGGUGUGUUGCCUGUAAAAACAUUCUUGGAAUAUUUAGAAUAUGAAAAGGAUGUGCUCAAUGUAAAGAAGAUAAGUGAAGAGGAGUAUGUGGCUUUAGGUAGUUUCUUUUUUUGGAAGUGUUUGCAUGGAGAAAGCUCCACUGAGGAUAUGUGUCACACUUUGGAGUCGGCUGGACUUAGCCCUCAGCUGUUGUUGUCUCUGCUCCUGAGUGUUUGGCUUUCGAAGGAAAAGGAUAUUUUGGAUAAACCACAGUCAGUCUGCUGUCUUCAUACCAUGCUGUCCCUCCUGAGCAAGAUGAAAGUGGCCAUCGAUGAGACCUGGGAUUCUCAGUCUGUGUCCCCAUGGUGGCAGCAGAUGCGCACAGCCUGUAUUCAGUCUGAGAACAAUGGAGCUGCUCUGUUGUCUGCACAUGUUGGGCAUUCUGUUGCUGCGCAGAUAUCAAACAACAUGACAGAGAAAAAAUUUUCUCAAACAGUUUUGGGUGCUGAUUCAGAGGCCCUCACUGAUUCCUGGGAGGCACUUUCUCUUGACACUGAGUACUGGAAACUGCUUCUGAAACAGCUGGAGGAUUGUCUCAUACUUCAGACUCUGCUUCACAGCAAAGGGAACACUCAGACCUCCAAAGUAUCAUCACUGCAGGCUGAGCCACUUCCAAGGCUUUCUGUUAAAAAGUUAUUAGAAGGAGGAAAAGGUGGCAUUGCAGACAGUGUAGCCAAGUGGAUAUUUAAACAGGACUUCAGCCCUGAAGUAUUAAAACUGGCUAAUGAAGAAAGAGAUGCAGAAAACCCAGAUGAACCCAAAGAAGGUGUUAACAGAGGUUUCCUUGAGGUAUCAGAGGUGGAGAUGGACUUAGGAGCCAUACCAGACUUACUGCAUUUAGCCUAUGAGCAAUUUCCUUGUAGCCUUGAGCUCGAUGUGUUGCACGCACAUUGCUGCUGGGAGUAUGUUGUUCAGUGGAAUAAAGAUCCAGAGGAAGCACGUUUUUUUGUUAGGUCAAUAGAACACUUGAAGCACAUUUUUAAUGCACAUGUUCAAAAUGGCAUUGCACUGAUGAUGUGGAAUACGUUCUUAGUUAAAAGAUUUUCUGCUGCUACAUACUUAAUGGAUAAGGUUGGAAAAUCACCAAAGGAUAGGUUAUGCCGAAGGGAUGUGGGAAUGAGUGACACAGCAAUGACAUCUUUCCUUGGCUCCUGUUUGGAUCUUCUUCAGAUCUUAAUGGAGGCAGAUGUUAGCAGGGAUGAAAUACAGGUGCCUGUGCUGGAUACUGAGGAUGCGUGGCUCUCCGUGGAAGGACCCAUCUCCAUAGUGGAACUGGCCCUUGAACAGAAGCACAUCCACUACCCACUGGUGGAGCACCACUCCAUCCUGUGCUCCAUCUUGUAUGCAGUCAUGAGGUUUUCUCUGAAGUCCGUGAAGCCACUGUCACUUUUUGACAGUAAGGGAAAAAAUGCAUUUUUCAAAGACCUAACUUCAAUUCAGUUAUUACCUAGUGGGGAAAUGGAUCCAAAUUUUAUUUCUGUACGACAACAGUUCUUAUUGAAAGUUGUCAGUGCAGCUGUCCAGGCCCAACAUUCAGCCACAAAGGUCAAAGAUCCCACAGAAGAGGCCACACCCACUCCUUUUGGGAAAGACCAAGAUUGGCCAGCUCUAGCUUUGGAUUUAGCCCAUCACCUUCAAGUUAGUGAAGAUGUUGUUAGAAGGCAUUAUGUUGGGGAGCUAUACAACUAUGGAGUUGACCACUUAGGAGAAGAGGCCAUUCUACAGGUUCAUGACAAAGAGGUCCUUGCCUCUCAGCUGCUGGUGCUGACGGGGCAAAGGCUGGCUCAUGCGCUUCUCCACACCCAGACAAAAGAAGGAAUGGAGCUGCUUGCCAGACUUCCACCCACACUGUGUACUUGGCUGAAAGCAAUGGACCCCCAGGACCUUCAAAACACUGAAGUGCCAAUUGCAACAACAGCUAAACUAGUAAAUAAAGUAAUCGAGCUUUUACCAGAAAAACAUGGGCAGUAUGGUCUAGCCUUACACCUCGUUGAAGCUGUGGAAGCCGUAUCUCUUCCUUCUUUAUGACACUUACCUACUGGAAAUAGUCUAAAAUUAUGAUUAUAACAUGAAGUAGUGCAUGGUUAUUUUAUAUAGUAAGACCUGGAAUUUUAUGGGGAAAGUAUGUCUUUUUUUUUUUCCUUUUGUAAAAUAAAUAAAAGUAUGUACAACUUUUAAAAAAGUACAACCCUGGCUAAAUUCCACUCCUUUGGUUAAUAUUGAAGACAAAAUAUAAACAACUAUCAACUCUGUUAUAAUUAAUACAGAUGUUUUACUGUUUAUUUCUAAUUCAAACACUUAAAUAGCUUUAUUGUUAACCUUUGCUAUUUAAAAUUGAUUAUAAUUUAGAUUAUGUUCUUAUAAGAUUCUAUAUUUCCUAUCGAAAAUGUUGUAAUUCAAUUUAAAUGUGUUCAUGUACGGUCCCCAUCAGUAGAGUAUAGAAACACCCCACUCUCCUUUAGUAAAUGUUGAGAAAAUGCCUUUGUUGUCAUGCUCCAAAUCCCACAUGGGCUGCCACCUGGGAGCUCUGGAUACUGAAAGCUUCCUUUCCCAGAGGUUCUGCUGUUGCCAUCAGAGGAGGAUGACCAUGCUUGAGGAGGAAGAAUGGGUUCAAGAUCAUCAUAUUCAUCAGAAGGGGACACUAAAUAGAACCCUUAACCUGUUGUACUUGCCAAAAUUGAGAAUAAGAGGUAUGUACAAUGCAGCAAAUUAAUUAUAAUGUAAGUUAAGAUUUGCUUUUUGCAAGUUGCAAAGUUGUAUCCACAUCAGGUCACUGUAAAAAUGUAUUAUCUUGUAAAACUUAUGUAAAAAAAAAAAAAAAAGGCAAAGACACUAAAAAUUUUAAGUC